GGGGAAUAGUCCUUUCUGGGGGAUAUAUCUCAAACGUCCUUCCCCCUCGCAGCAUAAAUGUAUAUUUGUGUGUGUGUGUUAUAACAAUGGCCACCUCUGGUGCUCUCCUCAAGGUUUUUUUUUUUUUUGCUAAAUAGCUUUGUAAAACGAUUUCCCUGGUCUCCCCUUUUAUGACACUCUUGCAAACAUUUGUGAGAAGCUGGGUUUUUUUCUAAACCUAGGGAUUGGAAACAGCUGGGCUAAACCGGCAAACGGGGUGCCUUAAUAAAAGUACUUUAUUUCCGCUUGCCGCUAGUUGAUGUCCCUGCAUUCUCUUUCCAAACCCAACAUUUAUUCUUUUGUAUUCCUUCUUUUUCAUUCCUGAGUGUCUCCUAAAUAGAUCAAUAUUUUGUUUAACUUUUCUUAUUCUUUAAUUGUUCUUUCCUUCUCCCUUGUCUGAAUUUUGGGGAAGCAGACUUCUAAAAAAAAAUCUUAAAGGAAAGAGAAAGAGUUUACUAAAAAUGGUUUGUUUUUGUGAUCAGCUGGUUUCAUCAGAUUCUUACAAGUUGGGCAACUUCCUAGUUAAUAUUUAAAUAUCUUAUCUAAAGGUAAAAUCAUGCCAAAACAAGAUUUUCUACAUAUGUUUUUGACGAAGCACCUGUUUUGCUAAGAAAAGCCUCUUUUCAAACUUACUAACUCUAGCGUUAUACCAAACCUGUAAUGAGUCAGACAGGUCUGUGUUCAUUCCUCUAGAAUUUGGAUGACAUUUUUCACAAAAGUUGAGUUACGUACAUACCUGUAUUUUUCCUCUUGUUUCAUUUCCUUGACACAAAGAUUUCUUGCUCAAUAAAAGCAAUUAACUCUGGAAAAUGCUUAAGCGCUAGUGAGGAAGGAAGUUUCUUGAUGAAAGAAAGUUGCAUUGGCUGCCCAGCUGACCUAAAGAAAAUCUGCACUAAUGGGAAGUUUUUAAAUCCUGCUUCUCAAAUCUAGGGUGCUGGGAGGAGUGGUGAAAAAGGAGGUUAAGUAGUGGCUGGAACCAGCUGUUUGACAUAUAUAAAGCACAACAGUAAAGCUGGGGUUCCAUGACAAGAUGAACCUGGUACUGAAGACUUGUCGAGAAGGUUCCGAGGCCAUCCUCCAUGGAGAGUUUGGAGCCUACCCCCCUAAGGGGAUCCGCUAUGCCCUCAGCCUCACCCGGACUGAAUUGCAUAUCCAGCGUCUAGUACCCAAGCCGGACACUGAUCAACGGACUGUGAUACGGCUGAUAGAUGUGGUGGGUUGCCACACACUGCGCAGCCACACGGUAGCAAACCAGUCAGCAUUCUUCUGCAUCUAUGCCUACCCACUGAAGAAGAAAAAGGUAGCAGUGGGCUCAGGACGGGCCCGGCAACGGAUUGCAAAAACUUUUCAAGUGGACGGAGCAGAGCGCUACAAGGACAACCAGGCUCUGGCUGAAAAAUGGGCAGCUGCCAUCAAGUGCCUAGUUCUGGAGAUUCCAAUUUCCAGUGAAACAGAGAUUGACCAUAAUCUACUGCCACGUUCCCGCCGCCUGCUCCUCUUGCUCAACCCCUUUGGAGGCAAAGGUAACGCAUUGCAGUGGUGUCAGAGUCACAUCCUUCCCAUGAUUACUGAGGCAGAUAUCAGCUUCAACUUGAUCCAAACAGAGAGACAGAACCAUGCCCGGGAGCUGGUGCAGAGCAUCUCUUUAGAUGAAUGGGAUGGUAUUGUGGCCAUUUCAGGAGACGGACUCCUUCACGAGGUUAUUAACGGUUUGAUGGAACGCCCUGACUGGGAGGAAGCAGUUAAAAUGCCUCUUGGGAUUCUUCCCUGCGGAUCUGGGAAUGCCGUGGCAGCUGCUGUUAAUUAUAGUGCUGGGUUUGAGCAAGUCUUGGGCCAGGAGCUGCUGACAAACUGCACCCUUCUGCUCUGCCAUGGGGCAGUUUCUCCCUUGGACCUGGUCUCCAUCACACCUUCAUCAGGCUCCCGUGUCUUCUCUUUCCUGAGUGUCGCUUGGGGUUUCAUUUCAGAUGUGGACAUCGAAAGUGAGAAGUAUCGGCACAUGGGCCCAGCCCGGUUCACCUUGGGGACCAUGGUUCGCCUGGCUUCCCUCAACACUUACCGGGGCCGGCUGUCCUAUCUUCCUGCUAUGGGUUGUGCAACUCAUCGGCCGAUUUUGCGCAGUAUCACCGUGGCUGCCAAUGGGAGCCUUCCCUUCCAACGCCUGCCCCUCCACCGCACGGUGUCCGAUAUGGGCCUUUGUGAGGAGCGCCAAGCCUUCUGCUAUCGUGAGAUGGAGUCAGCUGAGGAGCCCACUCCCUCACCCAGCUCCCCGCCUUCUUCUUCCAGCUUCCAAGCAUCCAACUUCAGUUUUGAAACCUUGUCAGAAGUGACGGUAGACAAGGAGUCCCAGCAUACCGGUCUGCCCAAAGUUCUACCAAACCGGUUGCCUUCUGCCCGGCAAAUGCAUGGUCCUUUGGAUGACUUUCUGGCCCCACUUGAAGAACCGGUGCCCAAGUCCUGGGUGACGGUGGAGGAUGAUUUUGUGCUGGUGUUGGCCAUUUACCAGACUCAUUUAGGGGCAGACCUCUUCACCAUGCCCACAGCUGGCUUUAAUGAUGGUCUUAUCCAUCUUUGCUUUAUCAGGGCAGGUAUCUCCCGGGCAAGCAUGAUUCGCCUCUUCUUAGCUAUGGAGAAAGGCACCCAUUUUGAUCAUGAGAAUCCUUAUUUUACGCACCUCCCUGUCCGAGCUUUCCGCAUAGAGCCUCUCACUCACAAGGGAAUCAUCACUAUUGAUGGGGAACGAGUGGAUUAUGGACCCAUUCAGGGACAAAUCCAUCAUGGGAUUGCCAACUUAGUUACUGGGAUCAACAGAUCUAAGCUGUCUACCUUCUGAUGGGAUGUGUUAAUUCUCUUACAGAGACUUAACAGUUCUAAUUGUGUUUCCUUCUAUCUGUCCUUCAGCCACUAGAGGGCAAGCUGCUUAAAAUGACUCAUUACCCUUCUAGGCUUUUGAGCGCACACAUCAUAUAUCUUAAUCAAUGCAUCUAGAGUGUUUUAACCAUUGCUUUCCAAGAGAUGCAAUAAUCUAAAGAUGACUUCCUUCCUUCAACUCACUGCCUGGACAGGCCACUUCAGGAUUUUCCAUCGCUCAGAAGCCACUGGACUCCAAGUCUCUUGAUUUGAGUGAGGUGGAACACAAAUAUAAAGUCCUUAUGUCUAUUUCUAAUCCCUCAAUUAUUCACCUGGGAUUUCCAUAAUUCCACCCAGCAUUUCUUUCUGUCAUACUUUACUAACCCUAACUUAGCUCUUCUUAUAGGGCUUAGAGGCACCUUGGCAAUAGUCUUUCUCACUACUGAAGGUUGGAAACAGUGAGCAGCCAUCAUUCUAUCCACUCUAUAUUUUUGCCAAUACUUUAAAAAUCCUGGUUUACUUAAAGCUGUAGGGCCAGGAUGAUCGUUUAACUCUAGAAGUCCCAGAAGAAUUGAACCCUAAAGUCCCCUCUGUCCUUUAGAACUGAAAUUUGCCUGAUUUUUCAGCACUUGAUUUAAAACACUGAACUUUGCAUUUAAGAAAAACUUUAGGUUCCACUGGUGAAACGUGCUUCCUCUGUGCCCUUUCUCCAAACGGCCAGUCAGCCUCCUUCCUAUUCCACAUUUGCUCACAUUUCAAAAGAGCUAAAGGAUGGGGACUGAGCAAGGCAGACCCUGACGGUUCUGCCCUUGACGUGCACUCUUGAUAGGCUACCUAUCCUCCAUAUAAACUCGAGUUGGGAAGCUUAGGUCCUUCCAAAUACUGAUGGACUACAAAACCCAUCCCUGAUUGCUGGUCAUAUGGGCUGGGGCAAAGGAAUACUAUUUGAAGACCACAGGUUUCCUUUAGCUUCCCAGCCUAUAAAUACAGGCUGGGAGAAUUAUGCACCUGAAACUGGACAUUGAAUGUACUGGGUAACUUGCUAAAUGCUGUUUGUUGGAGUGUUUUGUUGUCUGUUUUGUUUAGAUACAUUAAUUAAGGCCAAUUGUUUUGUCUUCUCUCCUGGUUUACAGGGGGUUGCACUUGGGUGGUCCUGCUAUUUUUCCUCUCCAUGGAUGACCAAAGCUGUAUAAGGAAAGGAAAAGGGCCCUGUUUUCUGAAACCUACAAUUGUUGAUUUCUAACCAGCUUAUGGUAUGCUAGAGGGAGCUUGAAGUACCUUCUCCCUUUCAUAUCAUGACUUAAAAGUGGCUUCAUUUUAGGAAUACACUGGAUGAAUGUAACUGGAUUUUUCUUGUGGGAAGAAUUGUGUUAAGGUGGCUGUUUUUUCCCUCCCCACCAUGUGGGGGCUAACAAGAAAUUAAAUUAAACUGUAAUAGAUAAGUGUCUGAUGUGAGACAAUGCUUAUAAUAUGUGUCCUCUUUCUCUUUCUUUCUCUGUUGUAAUUAAUUUCAAACCAGGAGAUCAAGUUGGUUAACUUCUCCCUUGUCCAACUUUUCCCAAGUUCAUGCAGUGAUAAUCUCUACGGCAAGUAAUCGCUUAAGAUUGGAUCUCAACUCACUUCAGUUUCUAUGCCAACUUUAAUAGAAACUGGCUGAUUUCAAAAAGCUUUAGCAGGAGUGCCUGAUUAAUACUUCAAUGAGAGACCACAUUGGAAAGCCAAAACCAUAGGAAAGCUGGAAAAAUAUCCUGAACCUGGGAGAAAACAGCAAAACUACUUCUGUAACAUUUCCAAGAAAACUGCACGGACAUAAAUACUCCAGGAUUCAACAUUUGGCCUUCACUGACUUGAGCAUGGGGUUAUUCUGUAAACAUUGGGAAAGAUAAACGUGAAGGCAUGAGACUUUCUCCUUCGUGUGGAUGAUUUUGGACAUCUACCGUGCAAAUUUGGACAUGUCCUGUUGCAUCAGCCUUUCUUGGCUCUGUCAUCAAGCUGCAAGCUGGAAGAAAGCACGCAAGUGAAGCAGCAGCCUAAAGGAUAGCUGUUCCUUGUGGUCAGUCUGUCUUCUGGGAGAGUUGCAAGAAGAGGACUGAACAGACAAAAAAGAUGACAGAGUAAAGGGGAGGCGGGGAGCGGUUAUGAAAGCACAGAAUCCAGCCCAUAAAAACAAGAGGACAAGGCCAGGAGCUGAUACCUUGGGUUGUAUUUCAUUAACCAAAUCUUAGAAGCUUAGGCAUUUAGGCCCCUGAGCCCAAUCCUUCCGUAGUGCAAAAAAAAUCCAAAUUAAAACAUCCCAGAUAGGAGGCUGUGUAGAGUCCAGCUAAAGUAUCUAGCAAAAAAGAGCUAUCGCCUUCCUUAGUCAAUAAGCUUUAAUACUGAUUAUCUCUUGUUAAGAAUCCUUUUUCUCAUGUUCAGUUGAAGUCUGCUUCCUCAUAACUUAAAUCUAUUACCUCAUGUCCCGCAGAUUGAAAUGAGAGCAAGCUGGUCUUGGACUUUCCUACUCGGGCAUUUGAAGAGAGCUACUAGAUCUCUGGUCCAUCUUGUCUUCUCAAGACCCAGUACUCCCGUUUCAGUCUUUAUUCUCAGGAGUUAAUUUCUAUCUCCAUCCACACCCCGCACUACCACCAGGGAAUAAUCAUAGUGUAGCUUUGUAGUUGCCUCAGUUACAAGCAUCCUGAUGAUGCUGGGUCUACAAUAAGGAUGAGCAGAGAGUAGAUUUGGAUCCAUUGAUCAAUUGUAGAUAGAUGGGGGGUGGGGGUGGAAUUGUUUAAUAUUGGCGGCAGCAGGAACAAAGUAACAGCUUCCCUUCCUUAAUUUUAGGAAGUGUGCUGGAAAUGAAGCAAACCUAGCAAAAUAGGGAGUUUUUGGGUGGAGAGUGACCCAUAUAGUUAAUCCUGGACUUAGGAUCAUAAUUGAGCCCUCAAUUUCAGUUGUGAUGGUCAUACAUUGGAUUACCACAUGAUUACGGACAACCUUCUUUUGCAGAGGUGAUUAAGUGAAUGCCAUGGUGGUUAAGCAAAACCUAUGCUAUGGCUGGUUGUUGUUUUUUUUUUUUUUUUUGGGGGGGGGGGGGGGGGGGGUAUAAAUUGUGGUCACAUGACCGCAGGAUGUUGCAAAUGAUUAAAUGCAGGCUGGUUGUAAAUACCGAUAAUACAGUCGGAUGAUGUUGGUGGUGCCGGGGGGGGGGGGGGGAACGGGGGACGGACAGAUGUUAGAACUUGAAAUCCGGGAUACAACUAGCCUUUUUGAGCUCUGUUGUAACUUCAAAAAGCCGCUAAGUGACUGGGCAUACGUCAAGGACUACCUGUACAUUCCCUUUCUGAGUGCCACCACAAAUUCCUUCUUUUUAAAUUGCAUCCCAAUUGAGGCUUUGAUUUUCUGCUAAGAGAUUUGCUUGAUGGAAGGGAAAAGAAAAGGCUAAUGCAAGUCUAAAUCCCUCUCUCACCUGGACCAUAUAGAGAGGAUCUCAAAGUGUGU